AUGUCGACCGUCACCGUCGGCGUUCUGGCCCUCCAGGGUGGCUUCCACGAGCACGUCCAGCUCACGCGGAAAGCCGCCGCCUGGCUUGCGACGGCCCAGCCGCCGGCGCCAAGCCCGAGACCCGAUAUCGCUGCCAUCGAGGUCCGCACCGAGGCAGAGCUCCGCCGCUGCGAUGCCCUCAUCAUUCCGGGCGGCGAGAGCACCACCAUCUCGUUUGUCGCGACGCAGUCGGGGUUGAUGGAGCCCCUGAGGGAGUUUGUCAAAGUCAACCGCAAGCCCGUAUGGGGCACAUGUGCCGGCGCCAUCCUCCUCGCCGAUGAGGCCAACGCCACCAAGAAGGGCGGCCAGGAGCUCAUCGGCGGCCUCGGCGUCCGCGUCCACCGCAACCACUUUGGCCGCCAGAUCGAGAGCUUCGUCGCCGACCUCGACCUGCCGUUCCUGACGCAGGGCGAUGAUGCUCUGAAGGCGGCCUCCUCCUCGCCCUACCCCGGCGUCUUCAUCCGCGCGCCCAUCGUCGAAGAGAUCCUCUCGACCGAGGCCAAGCCGUCGUCGUCGGUCGAGGUCCUGGCCGUCCUGCCCGGGCGCAAGACGAGGGCCGCCGAGGGCGUCAGCCAGAGCACGGCCGACGACUCGGUCGGUGACAUCGUCGCCGUGAGGCAGGCCAACAUCUUUGCCACGAGCUUCCACCCGGAGCUGACGGAUGACAUUCGAAUCCACGCGUGGUGGCUGUUGGAGGUGCUCCGGUCCGUGGCAUCGGUGUCAUCUGCAUGA